GUAACAGUUGUAAAGGUCAACUCAGUGCCAAACUUCACUCGAUGCUGUAUUGCAAUGGAAACCUCCUAUGCUCCUAUCGAGAGCGCACACGACGAUCAAUCCCGAAAAAGUAGAAUGAUAACCAAUGGGAAACGAGGCUUCACCACUGCUCUCAGCCACACAGAGGAUAACUGGCUAGUGGAGAUCAUCUGCGUGGCUCUCGGCGCCGUAUUCAUCGCUGUUCUCUGCCUCGUCCUCCACGCCUACGAUGGGGAAAUCGCACCGACUCUGGGGUCCGCGUUUGGUAGCAGUCUCACGCUCAACACUAUCGUUGCGAUUAUCGCUGCUGCAGCAAAACUUCUGUUGGUACUGCCUGUGGCAGAGUGUCUGGGCCAACUUAGAUGGAUCUGGUUCGCGCGCGGCAACCGCCAUCUGAAUGAUUUUGAUGCGUUCGAUCGCGCUGUGAGAGGGAGCAUAUGGAGCGCAUUCGAGGUGCUGUGGAUGACAAAACUAAGAAGUCUCGUUUCUCUGGGAGCUUUUAUCACCCUCUUUGCGGUUGCGAUUGAUCCGCUUUCGCAACAACUCAUUGUGUACCGCACAGAUAGCAAACCCACUGAUGUAAAUGCUACAAUGCCUAUUGCAGUGCUCUAUCACGAUGUAGCAACCAAUGCGGAGGCCAUCGUUGGUCCAGGCUGGAAAGAUCUGCCAAAGGGGGGAAACCUCUCCCCCACCGAUUACUCAUACAUCUCCAUCGGCAUGAAAAGUGCAGUUCAGUCCGGCCUCGCGAGUGGUAAAAAAAGGAUUGCCGAACUGCCAGCUACCUGUCCAGGCGGCAACUGCACGUUCGGCGACUACUCGUCGCUCGCAGUCUGCGUUUCUUUCGCAGACGUAACUGAACAUCUCCGCGAAGUUAAGGAGCGAAUCUUACUCACUGAUGACCACUAUCUCGUGAGAUAUGGCGGAGAUGAAGAUCUUUUCGACGCAGCAGGCGAGAUCAACAUCAGCUCAGUCGCCACGGGCUUCCAGACACCGCAGAAAAAGGGACGUCCUACCUUGUUAAACUUCAAUCAGUCCAUCUCUUUCAAAGAUCUCCCGUUCCCUCUCGCAGACAUGUUCGUCAUAACCAGCAACGGCAGUGUUCCAGCCCCGCCAGACAAGAAUAUCGGCACUAUCGAGAUCAAGUACGCAGCGUUUGAAAUCGCCCUCUCAUGGUGUAUACAAUCCUAUACCACCCAAGUCAUCAAUGGUACUUCAAUCACACAAAAACUUUCAGAGAACCGCAAUUUCACCUGGUCCGAAGGCUUGUAUGCCCUCGUCAACGACGCUCCUGACCCAGGCCAUCCCAGGCGACAUUGGAACGUUGACGGCCUACACCACGCCUCUCUGCAGUGGUACCUUAUGCAGCUUUUCAGCGGCGAGGAAAAAAAGUCUCGUGUGGCACGCACUGCCACUUCUGACGUUGCGCAGGUGCUCUUUGAGCCUUUCAUGGACCUAGAUACAGGGGGUCCAAAGGGGAAUAUCAGCAAGCAGUUGUAUCAGACAGAGCGCGAGGGUCUGCGUCUCAUCUUUGACAAUGUAGCAACAAGCAUGACGAACCGAGUCCGCGCCCCUGAGCGCGGGUUCACAGUCAACGGAACAGUACUUGCGCCAGUUACAUUAGUACAUAUUCGUUGGCCUUGGAUUACAGCACACGCCUGCUUUGCGCUCUUUAGCUUUUGCCUUCUUGUCGCGACUAUAACUUCCCACAGGGCAAGUCCAUUAAGGGGCAUAGCGCCUUGGAAAAGCUCUGGGGUAGCAAUUCUACAUGCACUCGACCCAGGCUUGCAGAGAAGAAUAGGAGGCGUAGUAAAGAUGUCAGAAGCACAAGAACUUUGCAAGGGGAAGCGGGUGCGACUAGAUAGUACUAUAGGUAACAAGUGGAUGCUAGUAGAAGUAGAAAACAACAAAUAG